AUGAAGGAUGAAUUUUUGAAGGCGGAAGAUUUCAAUGUGAUUAUUGUUGGAUGGGGAAAUGGAGCCAAAUUUCCUGAUUACCCACAGGCUGUAUCUAAUACAAGACUUGUAGCAACACAAACAAACAGACUUAUUUUAGAAUUGGUUAAAUUGGGAGGAAGAAUGGAUCAGAUACAUUUAAUAGGCCAUAGCUUAGGGGCACACACUUGUGGUUUAUGUGGAUAUCUACUGAAAGGAAAGCUCAAAAGAAUUACAGGAUUAGAUCCUGCUGGACCAGACUUUAUUAUGUCCCCGCCUAUAGUGGUAUUAGACAAAGGCGACGCUCUGUUUGUGGACAUUAUACACUCUAAUGCCAAGUCUCUAGCAGAAGGUGGUGCUGGAAUGUUCAACUCGUCAGGCCAUGUGGAUUUCUAUUUAAAUGGUGGUAAAACACAACCUGGCUGCCAUGAUGGAUUAUCAGCUAUCUUGAAUGGAGGGGAUCUUAAGGCCGCUGUUUCAUGUAGUCAUGGUAGAUCACAUAAUGUAUUCAUUGAAUCAAUCAACUCACAGUGCCCCUUUACAUCCUACCCAUGUGAUACUUAUGCUAACUUUCAAUCUGGUAGAUGUUUAUCAUGUGGUAGGACAGGGUGUUCUGUACUAGGUUAUUAUUCAGACCAGUAUCAUGCUAGAGGCAAGAUGUAUCUUAAUACAGGCUCUAAACUUCCUUUCUGUGGUUACCAUUAUGGAGUGACAAUUGUUGGUGCCAAAACUCCAGAAACCAAGGGCUUGAUUUCUUUAAGACUGAAGGGAAAAUGGGGUGAUAGUGGUUUUGUUCCUGUAACAAAGAAAGACGAAACGUUGAAAGGGCAGGCUAUCUUUUCACAUGUUGUAGUUUCACCCGCUGAAGUUGGUGAUGUUGAAGAAGUAACUAUUAAAUAUAACAAAUUGUCUGGUUUCUGGUUCUCUAAGGGAGAAGAAUCUUAUGCUGUUGAAAAAGUCGAUGUUGUUUCCGGUGAAAAUGGCUCCCAGUAUACCUUCUGUUUACAAGAUAAAGAAUUAAAACAUGGCACUGAAGUUAAAACUGUCAAAUCGUCUGCUAAAUACAGAUGUUAA